UUUAACUUUUGGUCCAUUCAUUUAAAGACAACAAGAAUAUUUUAGUCUGAACAUUUGUGGAUCAGAAUACACUUUCUCAGUUACAAGGAGUACAAAUGCAAGCCCCCUAUAUUAUCGCCAUGGUGUUGAGCGUCAUGUCUAGGGGAGAUGUAGCUAACAAAAUAAACUGACACAGGUGUGCUAACAGGGAAUAUCAAGCUAAUUAUUAACAUACCCUAGCCAGGAUGAUAAGCUGUAUGCCAGGUAGGCUUGGCUGUCCGAAGAGUACUGGCAGUCAAGGGAACCAAGUAUUUUAUAUCCAUGAGAUUAUGCCAUAAGCACUUUGCAUAUAUAAAUAACAGUUGUUUCCAAUAUCUUAUUUUUAUAUGUAUAUUGCUCAGCGUUUGAGGAAAACACUGAGCACUAUUCCCUAUACUAACUUUUGUGUAGCUGUAGAACACUAUUCACAAAUACAUAUAUUUCUCAGUGAUAGACACUUUCGUUAACAAGUUUGACCUUAGAUUUAAUGGUUAAGCAUCUAUUGCAGUUGCAAACUUCAACAUUUAUUGUGUUCAUUAUAUUGUUACUUUUAUUUCAUAGCAAUUCUAUAAGAAAUAGAUUCCAAAGGACCAGGAGUGGUAAUCUAUCUUAGCAAAAGUACAGGUAUCAGCAUCCUAUGACAUUUUAAAGCCUGAGAAAUUUAUUUUGGCAUAAGCCUUCAUAGUUUAUAGGCUGCUUCAUUAGGCAAGUGUAAUAGUACUGUUUUUCAUUUUAUGUUUUAUUAUUAAUGUUGACCACUCACAAAAUUGUUUCUCAUAAUAGUAAGACAAGGGCCACACACUUGUUAGCAUUAUAGCAAAAUACUACUGAAUUUCUGUUUUGACAUUUAGGCGGUCUUUGGCAGUCACGUUAGCAAUUGAGUUCAGGGAUCAGAUUGUCUUUUGGUGAAUGACAUUGCAAUGUAUUAAAGGGAUAGCAAAUGAAAUCAGAAAGCCAGAGUGAACUCUCACACAGCAUAGGCUCCUUUCAAACUUAAAGUGGUCCCACACACUCUCGCACGUGAUCACCAGAUUCUGGACCUGCUUUGUUACGUGUGAGAAAAGCUCUAAGUUAUCAACAUCUAUUUUGAAAGGGAACAUGAAUAAUGCCCAUUCUAGACUACUAAAAUUUCAGAACAGGAUGGUUUUCCAGUCCUUGUGCAGAAUAUUGUAUUUGGUUCCACAGUUCAUUUUUAUAGUAGUUAUGAUUUGUUAAUGUAUGUAAUUUUAAAUGCAUGUUUUCUUUUUUUAUAUAUAUCUAGGUUGUGAGAGCUUAAUCCUAUUAGAAGCAGGAAAACAUGAAUUUCCAUUCAGUUUUCAGCUCCCCCAACAACCCUUGGCCACCUCUUUCACAGGAAAGUAUGGAAGCAUUCAGUACUGUGUGAAAGCAACUUUGGAAAGGCACAUGGCUCCCAGUCAAACUGUGAAAAGAGAGUUCCAAGUUAUCAGUCACAUUGACGUUAACUCACCAGUUCUGCUGAGCCCUGUAAGGCAAUGCCAGGAGAAGAUGGUUGGGUGUUGGUUUUUCACUUCUGGCCCUGUUUGUUUGAGUGCCAAAAUUGAGAGGAAAGGUUAUUGUAAUGGUGAAGCUAUACCAAUUUAUGCAGAAAUUGAAAAUUGUUCCUCUCGUUUAAUUGUUCCAAAAGCUGCCAUUUUUCAAACACAGACUUACCUUGCUAGUGGAAAGACAAAAACAUUUCGGCAGAUGGUUGCCAACGUGCGAGGAAAUCACGUUGCUUCUGGAAGCACAGAUACAUGGAAUGGGAAAACUUUAAAAAUUCCACCUGUAACUCCAUCUAUCCUUGACUGCUGUAUUAUUAGAGUUGACUAUUCUUUAGCUGUGUACAUUCAUAUUCCUGGUGCUAAAAAGUUGAUGCUUGAACUGCCUCUGGUGAUUGGCACAAUUCCAUGUACUGCAUUUUCCAGCACAAAUUCAAGCCUUGCCAGCCAGUUCAAUAUGGAUAUGAGCUGGCUGGCACUGACAAUGCCAGAGCAUCCAGAAGCCCCACCCAAUUAUGCUGAUGUCGUAUCAGAGGAAGAAUUCUCAAGACACGUCACUGCAUUCCCACAGGCAAUUGACUGUGACGAACAGUUAUGUUGUCCUCUGCUUACCUACAUACAAGAAUUCCGGUUUCAGCCACCUCCUCUCUAUUCAGAGAUUGAUCCACAUCCUAGUGAGGUAGAAGACAAUCAACCAGUUUCAUUCAGGGUGUAAGGAUAGUUCUGAAGAACCUGAAUCUUCCACAAACAGAAUAUCUUGAUUUUGGUUUUCUACCGCCUACGCUGAUAGUAAAGCCACUUUAAAAGCACUUUGUUGCAUAAGUUUGCAACAGACAGAUGUCAGGUCAACCUGACGUUUUCAGUCCGUAUAAGUUGUGCCUCCUUGUGGAUAGGGGAUUGAUGGAAGAGAGCCCUGUGAAUUAGUCUGCACAGAAGAAGCCAUGAGAAGAAUUGUCAGAUAAAGCGCCCCCUCCUUCUUAUUGGAAUAUGUCUAAGAAGCAGGCAUCAAUAUUGGUGGCCAUAGUGCAAGAUGGAAGGAAUUGUGUGGAGGAUACAUCAGAGAGCUUUGAAAAUGGAGCUGAAUCGGGAAGAUAAAACAAUUCGGUCAUGUCCGAAUGGUUAAAAGACAGCCUGUUGAUUUCCAAAUAACUCCAUUCCUUUUGCAAUUCCUUACUCAGUUCCACUUCAGUAAUUGCCCCAUUGACAUAAACCAUGUGGUUGACAGCUAAACUUCACCCUGAGGGGUAUGCAACAUCCCUGUUAUCUAGGUGCAUGCUUUCUCCACUAGAAAUGUUAGGAAUCUUAUCUCAGUAGUGACGCUGGAACUUGUAGCUUCCUUGCCAAUCACCUUUUUCUUUGGCAGUUUUUCUUAAGUUCCAAAAAGGGAACUGCAUCUCUUUCUAACAAUUCUAAACAUUCAAACGUUUCUGAAUAUUAAGCGAGGCGUAACAUGGCGAUAAAGGGAGCAGUCAAAUUUUAACAACUUGAGACACUGUUGCCAAAGCACACACACCCUACUGGGAUGAAAUUGGACAGGAUGCUUUAGUUCUAUGUUGGAAUGUAUAGAUGGAAUUAUGAAAAAAGUUCAUUGACAACAGUGGGUUUGUGGAUUUAACAUCCUUAAAAAGAAAAAAAAACUACCUCUCUUUUGACUGGGAGCUGAGACCAAACAAUAAUUCUUUAGAGUUUCUACCUGUGCCCAUUUAAUUUCUUGUAAUUAGUCAAAUGCCAAGAAGCAGAAUAGUCCAGCUUUAAAUACAGUUUUUCAAUAACAAUGGGGAAUUGUUAUUGGGAAUCCGUAACAAUGGAGAAUCAUAAUAUUACAAGAUGAUUAUUCUAAAAAAAUUGAGAGUCUCUUUAACGUAAAAACAAAGAGGUCUCCUGUCAACUUAAAGACUAAUAAAUGAAUUAUAGAAUGAAUUUCUUGGGCUAUAACCACUUCAUCAGAUGCAUAGAGUAGUUCUGGAAAACAUCUGACAUCUGUACGUACAUUUAGCGUGGGAUUACCCUGUAUAUUAGAGGUGUGCAGAGUUGUGUUUUUGGACUACAGCUCCUAGAAUUUCACUAGUCAGUAUGUGGAUUGUAGUCCAAAACUACAUCUAAUAUAUAUCCACCUCAAAUCCUGGAUAACAUUUCAUGUCUGACAAAGUGGGCCAUAGUCCAGAAGUAAUCAUGCUAUAAAUAAAUUAGUUGGUCUUCAAGGUGCCAAUGCCACUUAUUUGGUGACUAACAAGCUACAUGGAAUUUAAACUGCUGUGCUUCUCUGGAGUAGUCGGAGUUAUUUUUAUCAGUCUUUGAGACGGACUUAAAUUUUAUUUUGGUGCAAUAUUUGUUUCUCAGGUCUUUUAAAACAGCGAGUUUGAAUACUAAUGGCUGCUUUACAGAUGGCAGAAAACCUUGGUUGGAUGGGCUUCUGGGCUUUUAAAAAUUUUUUUGCAUGAGUAAAAGUAAUUGUUUUGAAUAAAAAAAAAUUCAGUUGUAGACUGUCCUUGGCAUCUGCAUGGUGCUGCUACUCCUUUUUCCUCCUGAUCACUCCUUAAAACCUUUACAGUGGAGCCUUGAAAAACAGCCCCCCCCACCUAUCCUUCACCUGCUGUAACUAAUCUAGAGUUCAUGUAACUGAAAUGCAUGUGCUGCUUUAAUUAUGUCUGCUUCCACGUAACUCCUUUUUCCUCUGUUGUACUUCUGUACUAUUGCCUGAUAGAUUGUAAGCCCUGUGGGCAGGGACCUAAUUACUUCUAUAGUUUAAGAUGCCAUAUACAUCGCUGGUGCUAUGGAAGCAGUAGUUUGGAUCCAGAUUUCAGCUUAUACAACUGGGCUGGUAGAAGUAAACUUCUUUACCCCAUCCUUCCCUCAGCGGCCUCACAACCUCUCAGGAAAUGCUAAGUUUCUGCUCACUACCACCACCACCCACCACCACAUUAGGUAGAGACACUUAUUCUUUCAUUUAUCAAAGAUUAGUUUGCAGCAGACAUCUUGUUAAAGAAAAGGGAUGCUGCUGAAACAGCUCCUGUUUUUAAAGUUUAUACUUCUGUUAAAACUUUUUCUAAAUAUAUGAAGUUGCUGCCUCUUGUAAUCAGGGACACAACUGGGAAUUUAAAGGCUUUGGUUUAUUUUAAUAUGAACAUAAUACAUUGAUCAAACACUGAUGCUCUAAUGGUUAGCCACAGAUCUGAUGUGUAAGGAUGCCCUUGACUGCUUUACUGUCUGUCUCAGAAGUAGAUUGAAAGUUCAGUCUUGCUCAUGUCUGUUGAGACGCAAGUCUUGUUGACUUUAGUAGAGUAUAUGCCAAGUGAAGGAUGUAUGGGAUUUCAGAAUUUUUGCUGUUUCCUUAUGAAGAAGUCUUUCUCUUAGUGAUGAUAGUGUUAGCAUUUCAUCUUGAGACACAGAUAUUUUUUCAAGGUGCGCAAUUUGUUCGAACUCUGUAUUCAUGGAGUCUCAUGAUAACGGAAUUCAGUCUUGUAGAGGCUGAUCAGUGAUUGCUCUUUUGAGCAAUGGAGAGGUGAGAUAGAAAGGGUUUCCUAUGUAGUGACGUCCUGUGCUUAAAGCAGCUUCAGCCUAUGAAGAAAAUGUAGGAUGUUGAGUAUUUUAGAAAAUGGAGAACAUGUGUUUGCAAGUAGAAUGGGUGGAGUGGAGAGAAAGCGUAUUUGUCCACGGACAGCCAUUAAUACACAGUUUCAGGCCUCUCUCAAACUGGAUUGCCGCCAACGUCAUAAGUAGCAGGAGUUCCUCCUGGCAUUUAUAUCAUGUCUGCUGAAGGCCUACGCAUAUGUCUGUUACUCUACCCACCAGGGUAGAAUUUGAAGAAGCUGUGCUGAGAAGUCAUGGUGUACAGAGGUUAUUUGUUGCCGAAAAGGAGAUAGAAGUUGGCAGAGGUGGGUGGGCUGGUUUUCUUUGUUUUUUUCAACAGGACCCUAUGUUUUUUGCACAAAACAACUGAGUCUACAUUGGUGCCAUUUUUCUCACCAACUACUUUCGGAUGGCAUAAACUAAUUACUAGAUUCAGUAGCUGUUAGUCAAGUGUAAUUAGGGCAGGAAAGUGCACUUAAAGCUUCCUGGUGUGUGCCCCAUUUCCUUUUUUAAAAAUGUAUCUGAAAAAGAGAAUGCUUGAACCAAAUUCAUGUUGCAGCCUGUUUGGGGAAAUACAUUUGUCUUAAAAUAUUGAGUAAUAUCUCCAGUGCUUGUUUUAAGAAAAAAAAUGCCUAUAAAAAUCAUAAUAAUAAUUGCAGGAUAUUCCUAUGAAGGGAACAAAAUAUUCUCCUUAUUAGCUCCUUAUUACUUGAAAAGCAAUAAUGUGGCUGUAUAACAUGCAUGUCUUAGAAUACUAAAUGAGUGGUAACUUAGGUGCUUAUGAUGACUGACUGCAAUACCAAUAAGAGCUCACUGUUGGUAUCGUGGUCCUAUAACAAGAGCAUGCAUCAGUGCAAAGGAUCAAAAGACACUGCACUUUUGUUUUUAUCUUAGCAGCACAUACUGGAUUACUUGCAAAUGCACUGUGGCCUUAGAUCGGUUGAAAAAAAAAAGAGAACUGUCUUAGGAAGCAUGUUUUGUCUUCCUAAGAGACUCACUUUAGACUGAGAAAGCAAAGCUCUGCGUCCAGUCCUGGAGGGCAGAAUUUACUGCUAUGUCAUGUAUAUUGCACAAAUUAAUAAUGCAGGGGUUUAUGUUUUCUCUCUCUCAACUACUGUAAAACAGUUUAAAGACCAACAGAAAUGCUAAAUGAUUGUAUUUUGUAUUAAAAGUAUGAACCCUGUGGGUUCCGUUUCAUAAUAAAUACAUAAAACCA